AUGGUUCCGGGAAAGCCAGAGUCAUCCUCGUCAACAAAAAUACCCACUCGAUCAGGAAUCAGUCCGGGACUUCAUCCAGCAUCGUCCUUUGCUUCCUUACGCCAAGCCAAUACUCACAGUCAUGCUUCUCCACUCUCCGCAUCAGUCGAUAAAACGAGCGCAUUCGCCGAAACUGGAGAGGUUCAAUCAGGAAGAGCUUUGAGCGUGGGUAGAAGAGCGCGCGACGAUUGGAUAGUCAAUGGUCAGGAAAAAGCCCUUGCAUCUGAUUCCAAAUUUCGUAAAUAUGCGAGUCUCUUGGAGCGGACGCUACUUUCGAUCGACCAAGUCAACGAAUGGGCAGAUUUCAUCACUUUUCUCGCCAAACUCCUCAAAACACUCCAAUCCUAUCCUCAAUACUCUAUCAUCCCUCACAAGCUAAUCGUCGCAAAAAGGCUAAGCCAGUGUCUCAACCCAGCACUGCCUCAAGGAGUCCAUCAGCGGGCGUUGGACGUCUAUGUAUAUAUUCUCACGACGAUUGGCCUGGAUGGUCUAAGACGGGAUCUUCAAGUUUGGAGCGCAGGAUUGUUUCCAUUCUUCCAGUAUGCUGCUACUGCUGUGCGACCUAUCGUCCUUGGAUUGUUCGAAAAGUUUUACCUACCGCUCAAGGCUGAUCUUCGCCCAUCCAUGAAAGCUUUCAUCUUGGCCCUUUUACCUGGUCUGGAGGAAGAAACCGGCGAACAUUUCGAUCGGGUGUGCUCACUCUUGGAUCAACUCUCUAGUGCAAUAUCGCUUUCGUUCUUCCUGCAAAACGUUUGGUUGAUUUUGAUCUCCGGGCCCGGAUAUCGAAUCCCAGCCAUCAACUUCCUCAGUCGUCGCAUGCCUCCCCUACUACCUCAGGAAACAAUUGUGCCGAUUGUGGGCCAAGACGUUGGACUGAUGAUCAGGGGGCACUCUGCUGCACUUGAAGACGGAAACAUUCUAGUCCAACGUGGUAUCCUUGAUCUGUUACUGGCCAAUUUAAAACUAGACAGCCAGGGCUUUUGUUGCGACACCAGACAUCGCGAUAGACUGCUUCUUACUCGGGCUGCUUUAGGCGUUGUUCUUCGGAGGGAUCUCUCCCUUAGUCGCCGUCUCUACACUUGGCUUAUGGGCCCCCCACCAACUGCUGAAGAUGGUACAAUCAAUCAAUCGAAAUACUUUCAAGAACACGGGCUAGAUUUAGUCGUCGAGUCCUUGCGUCAGGAUAUGAUGGCAGAUUACGUCAACGCAGUAGUUGAGCGCCAAAGACCGUUCAAAGUAUUUAUAGCUCUGCUGGACAAAUGGGAAAUCGGGGGUCCAUUAAGCAGAGCUCUCGCGCUAGACGCUUUUAAGGCCUUGCAGGUGGUGCUGAAGCCUGAAGACACACAAGAUGAACUGUUAUUGACAGCAAACAUGAUGUUUGAUUCACUGGAUCCAUUCACAACCUGGAAAAGCAUCUUCGAGUCGAUCUCCCAAUAUGCCGACCCAGCAAAAGAACCUGAUCAGGUAGAUUUAAUUAAGUUUAUUCUAGCGACGUUCAGAUUACACGACGAAGAACUUUUGCGGGUUCAUAUCCCCUUGCUGGCUACUGCCUUAGUUUGCGUUGUAGAUGAAGCCACCCAGGCCCAUCCUGAUUUCUCACUUCAACGCUCACAAGAAAUUUUAGAAGUGGCGACAACUUUGUUCCAGGAUCUUCCGAACAAUGUUUUCGACCUGAAUAGUCCAUCUACCAGCCCCCCAAUGAACAAUACAUCUGGUCUAGAUCUUGCUCGCCGAUUCUAUUCCGCCGAAAGUCUGAAGCUGGUCAACCCCGAGGACAUGUCCCGUCUCCGAGAUUCCAAUUUAUGCUCCAGUACUUUUGCGGCUAUCCUGCGCGUGAUCGAGCGCUUCGCUUCUGGAGAACCUACGCCUGCCAACUAUCAGGUCCUGAGUGCUUCUCUGACAUGCCUAGAUACACUGAUUAGUUCUCUUCCGACGUCACUCGAUCAAAUCACUGUCGACUGGACUCCGUUAUCGUUUACUGAAUCAUUACUCUCGCAAUUGAGAAGAGUUAAUCUUAAUGCUGCAGGGUUUGCGCUAUUCGAAAAGUCAGUCAAAGUGAUGCUUGGCUUAGCUGGGGCAAGUCGCAUACAGCCCCGCUUGCUCCUCGAUGAUCAAACUUUGUUGUCAACACUAGUGGUUAAGCUUCUCGACUUUCUUGAAGGUCAUACUGCCCCUUUCUUUCUUCAAGCUAUCAAAUUAAUCUGGGAGUUACAAAAGAUUUCUCAAUUCCGACACGUCGAAACCAUCAUUGCCUCCCGCCUGACGUCCGAAAACCCGAGCGUUAGGGUAUCAGCAUUUGAAGCGUUUGGUAACUUAUGGAGACACAGUGAGGAUGCCCAGUUGCCUGGAAACUGUCUCCGAAUUCCUAUGCUUCUAGUUCUGGAUAGUUUGAAAAGUAACGAUUUGACCAAUCGCCGUUGCGGAGAAGCCUGGAUGCGGUGUAGCUUGAAAUCUUAUCUUCGCGUCCUUGAUCCUCUUUUCCGAAUCUUGCUUUCAACGGAAAUCAAACGAAAGCCAUUCAAACAGCAACUCGGGGACCAUUCAACCUCCAUGCAUCAUUACAUUUAUCCUUUUGAUCAGGCCGUCGUCCAUCAUGCCUUGGAGUGCGUCCUAACUUUGGCACGUUUUGGAGGACAAGGCUUCACUCGGAUAGCGAAAACUUGCUACAUGAAGCACUCUCAUGAUCCAUCAGUGCGACAGCUCUUACCCUCAGCGGGUUUGGAGUCAGCGUCUUAUCUGGAUGCUCUGAUCAAGAUCAUGCUGCUUUUUAUUAACAGCGAUCCGCAUCCGAAACUCCUCUCGGCUAUGUCCUCUCGCAAUCAACAUAUACAAGCAACCACCGCCGACUUGCUACAAAUGCUGGUAUCUCGUGGUGACAUUCCUUCGACUGAUCUUGGAGUGAUCGAGGAAACUCUGAGCUUUCGAUUGCUAUUGUUAAUCAGGAGUCGAGAUUACAAUCUGCAAAACAAGCUUCUACACGCUCUUCAUGCCACCAUCAGCGUUGGCACAUCAACACCCCAAUCUCGUCACAGUAUCUCUGCAGACGUAGUGCUGUUAAAAGACAAGCCCGAAAGCGAGAAUCCAACUGUAAAUCAACUGUUUACGAUCCUCGUUGGUGAUGGCAUUACCAAUCAAGUAAACACUGCAAUUGUCCAUCAUUGGAUCGAUUUCCUUUUAAUGACUGUCCCACAAAUCAGACGAUCACUUGAUGAGGUCGUCAAGCCGUUGAUCGAUCGACUGGUUCACCGAUUGCGCAUGUUGGUUUUAGAUUUAGAGAAAACCUAUCAAAUGAAUGGAGAGGGAAACUUGGAAUCCGAUUUUACCGACUCUGAUUUUUUGGUAUUUGUGAACGCAUUGGAACGCUUGAUGGUUGUGUCGAUCGAGGGUGAAGGAGCAUCUGCGGGGACGGCAGAGGCCAGUUCUGGUAAAAGCACUAAUGAGCGACCAUUGCCCCCAGAAUCAACUGGCGGUUUAUUCGCAGGUGUUUUUAAUGUAUUGGGCUCGUCUGAGAUAUCCACCAACUUUCCUCUCGAACAGCCAAAAACAGAAUUCCAGCUCCGGUUGGGAAACGUUGUUUGGAUUCUGAUGAAAGCUUGGGACGUCUCGCUUCAGAUCGGCGAUGAAAAGGAGCCCGAAUCCUCUAACUCGAAGCUUUACUUCUCUGUCCGAAUAAAACUGCGAGCGCGUAAAGCGUUUGAGCGUCUUUACAAGGCUGUCCCGAAUGACGUCAUUGUCGCUAUCGUUGACUACUGGCACUCGGAGGUUGAAUCAAAAUCACCCAAUAUGAGUGAAGAUAAUAUGUUUUUGUUACUCGAUCAUCUUGCCCCAAGUGCUCAAACAAUCGUGUCUAUGUUGUAUGAGAAACUCGCAUCAUACGGACAUCUAGCCGGAACUGAUAAAGGGCGCGCAAUAGCUUCGACGUGUUUCCUAUCAGAAAACAUCAUGUUCAGCUUUCUGGAAUCUUACAUAUCAAGAUUGGAAGGUCCAAUAGCUGUUCAGAUGUGGAACUCGUCUUGGUCCUUCGCCCGGGAUGUGCUGGCGAAUUCAACUGUCAACAAAAACCAGUUGUUUCCAACCCUCAAGUGCUUCACCAUUCUGGCUGAAAAAAUCAGUCAAACAAGUGCUCUCGAAGACAGGCGAAUGAGACGGGACCUUCAAGAUACAUUUGUAAAGCUGUGUGAAGUGGUCAUCCAGACAGCAGGGAAAUAUCUAGAUCAGCUGAAAGGCAAGCCAGACUUCAACGGUGACCAACCGACGAUAUCUCUAGAAAAAGAACCACCUGCUUCUCCCCUUGUGGCGUCAACCACUCUUACCGAUGAAAGAAAAGCUAGCGACUCUGAAAAGCCGGUGACGGGGGCAGAAGCCGCCCUUUUCCUAUCGGAAAAAGCGUUACCUAGCUGUCGCCGGUUCCUGAUUGAAUCAGAUAGGCUUCAAGCUGUUUGUACCAAUAUCAUGUAUUAUCUUGUCACCCCAGCGUUCAAAGUACGCAUUCGCUCCUCCGAGCUCGAUGUGACAAUUCUAAACUUGCUAGUCGAAAUGACGAAGCAUCCCGCGGCGAAUAGAGCGUGGCGUGCUUACGUUGCUGAUAGUCUAUCUGAUCCCAAAUUCUUCAACAAUUCCCCCGAACUUGGUCGGCGCUGGAGACCAAUCAUCCAGGCUCUAUUUAACACUGACAAAGAAAGAUUCACGGAAAUGUUGAGCAGAUUAUCAACGGUGCCAUCCGCAAACAUAUUCACUAAUAAGGAAGCCGAGAUGGUCACCCGGUCAAUGAGUCUUCGAAGAAUCACCUACGCUAUUUAUGCUGCGGAAUAUAACCGGUUCCUGGUUCAUCUGCCUAGUAUCCAAGAAAAGGUCGUCGAUCUUUUACGAUCGAGCGUCGGCGAGAUCGUCCAUGCGGAGGUUUAUAUUUGUAUGCGAGUUCUACUAUGCAGGAUUGCAAACCAGCAUUUGGGAAGCUUUUGGCCUGUGAUUCUGACUGAACUGACCCGAUUUUUCGAAGGAAUUGUCGAAAGUGUUCCAGACAGUCCUAAUAUGUUGGCGCUCGCGUUAUCAGCUUCGAAGUUCUUAGAUUUACUAUUGGUUUUGCAAACUGAGGAUUUCCAAAUACAUCAAUGGAUGUUCAUCACUGAUACCAUUGAUGCCAUGUAUCCACCUGAUUCAUGGUACCCUCACGCAAUCAUUGACCGUAUUGCGGAGGGCUUACGAGAAAGCUUGGCGAAUCAACUUUCUGACGGUAGAAGGGACUCGCCCUCACCACCUCCACUAUCAUCUCCUCGGUUUGUUCGACUGAUGACGCCAAGCUUAUCACGAAACUCCUCGUUCAGUGUCAGACCUCCAAAUACACCCCGAGAUUUCAUCUCUCCGCAUGGCUCUCAGAACGACGGCCGAAAGCCCUUGCUGAACAGAAUCAAAAAGAUCGAAAACAUUCGGCCUCUUGAAAGAUUUUUCUCCAAAAUCAGUAUGAUGAAUUACGAGGCUUGUUAUGCUGGCGGUGGUGUUGAUUGGGAUUCCGUUGAAUUGGAUCUUGAAUGCGAUUUGUUUGACGGAAAAGAUCAUCUUUUCACUUGA